AUGGCGAACGCAAAGAAUGGACAGAGACUGAGCAUUUUAAUCACCAUUACGAUUUCAUUAUGUUUGGUAUUUAUAACAGAAGGGCACUGGGCUAAGAAAAGUAAGAAGUACAAUCGAACCAAGUACUAUGUUACUCUGGCGGAGCAGCCACCAGCUCCCAGCAACCAUUCCUCGAGCGUGUCGAUGAACCUGGCCAUCAACGUUGCAGGCAUCUUCCCCAAUCUGACGGCCACGGCCGACAGUGAGGCGACGCGAUCGGAAAGCGGGAUCGGGGCGCUGAUGCCCUGGGCGGACCGUCUCUACAUGGUGUCCUAUCUGUCGGUGCCCAACGCAGGGAAUGGGACGGGGUUGUACGAGAUAGACAGCAGCAUGACGAUGAAGAAGAUAGCAAGUCACAGAUCAACGUACGCAAACCGAAUCAUCCAUCGCCAGUCUAACAGAAUCGUCAUCGGUCCGUACACCGUGGACACCCAGCGCCGAGUGGGCGUGUUUCAAGACCUGCUGCAAGUCCGAGUGGCAGCAACGGCAGAACACCUGAAUGAGCCUGAAACAAAAGUGUACAUGCUUGGAAUGGACGGGCCUCUGUGGGAGUGCGAUGUCUACAACUUGACCUGCAAACAGCUGUUUGACCUGGUACAGGUUCUGGAUAUUAACACUACGGCUGGUGAGCAGCCCCACUUCAAGGCAGCACACACCAUGAACGGCAGACUAGUGGUUACCAGUAACACGUUUGAAGAGGCUGACUUCACAGGGUCUCAGCAUGGUGGUCGCUUAGCAGAGUGGGAAGGUCCAGGUCACAACUGGACAAUUUUGGAACGGACAGCAUUUGUUGAGGUUACUGGAAGGCGCAACUUUGGAAAGGUCAUCUAUGCUGUGGGUUGGGACUACAGAUCUGUGAUUCUAAAGGUUUUCGUGGGAGAUACUAGACAGGACAGAAAAUGGCAGACCUAUCGUUUGCCAAAAGCCAGCCAUGCGUAUGAUCAUCUCUGGCAAACGGAAUGGCCACGAAUUCGCGAGGUUGAAACGGAGCGCUAUCUGAUGGAUGCGCAUGGGAUGUUUUACGAGUUGUCUCCACUCGGAUGGGCGGGGAGUACGUGGGGACUGAGACCAGUAUGUCAGCAUUUGAGGAUGAUUCCCGAUUACACUUCAUUUCGGGGAAUGCUGGUCUUGGGAGGAAAUCAGGUAUCAUCAAUCAUGGACAACAACGUGGUGACGGGUCAGGCCCAGUCAGGUCUGUGGUUCGGCAAGACAGACGACUUGUGGAGUUUUGGAAAACCACAAGGGUGGGGUGCAGUGUGGCGACGGGAUCUAGUUGAUGUGGGUACUCUAUCGGAUCCCUACCUCAUGACUGGUUUCGACAAGAAAGUUUUAUUUAUCACAGUACACGAUGGUGGUUAUCAGUGUUCGUUUUUCAUUCAAGUGGAUGUCACGGGAGCAGCAGAUCAUCUGGCUAUGGAACACUGGAUUACUAUAAAGACGAUCACCUUUUCUUCUAGCAGUGCCAUUCAUGAGCAGUCGGCGUUCUAUGUAUUUCCAGAAGGGUUCAGUGCACACUGGGUUCGUCUGGAGUCGCCAGAGUAUGCUGGCACUGUUACAGCAUACUUCCAUUAUACCUAA